AUUUUGCCUAAAGGGCUUGAAUUUCCAGCGUCAAAAUCCAUGAAAGAUGCUGUGAAGGAAGCUGUGAACAUCGACGGCAGUAGAGAUUUACCUGCUGAAUUCAAUCCCUGGCGGAAGAAACUGGGGCAUACAUCACUGAAUGGUGUUUUGACAGCCACUGCCAUAAAUUCAGGUGCUGGUUCAGCACCUAGUACUGUAGAGAAAAAAGUGUUUGUAGUGUCUUCAUCAGUUCAGGUGGAGGUUCUGUAUGUGAAAGAGAAGAGCAGAAGAGAUGAAUCCUAA